GUCCAUCGUGCGGUCAUGUCGGCUUGUAGUACGUAUUUUCGCUCCUUGUUCACGCAAGAAGUAUGCAGUACUGACCAAAGGGAAGUGGUCAUUCCUGGAAUAACGGCAGACAUCAUGGAUAUUUUCGUAGAAUAUGCUUAUACCAGAGAAGCUAAUAUCACGGCGGAGAACAUAGAGAGACUCCUGCCGGCCGCCGACCAGUUCCACGUCAAUGGACUUGUGCGUGCCUGUUGCAAAUUUUUGGCUAAAUCCCUGGAGGCAGAAAACUGUAUAGGUAUUUACAAUUUUGCCAGGACAUACUUCUGUCACAACCUUAAGAAAGCUGCGUAUCGGUAUUUGAUGUUCAAUUUUAGUGAUGUAGCAACAAAAAGUGCCGAAUUCCUCCAGUUGACAUUUGAUGAAGUUUCCAGCAUCAUAGCAUCCGAUGAUCUAAACGUGAAAAACGAAGAAAUGGCCUUUACAGCAUUAAUUCGAUGGAUUGACCACGAUUCCUCGAACCGGAAAUGCCACAUUUCAGCAUUGUUAAAAACUGUCCGAUUAGGACUCCUUUCCAUACAGUACUUCACAGAGAAAGUUAAAAGUCAUCCAUAUGUGAAAGAAAGUGACCUCUGCAAACCCGUAGUGAUAGAGACUCUUAAGUUCCUGUACGAUUUGGACAUGAACGACAAGGCAUUGGACCUGGCCAACCCCCUGGCACGCCCACGGAUACCACAUGAGGUGCUGUUUGUUGUUGGCGGAUGGAGCGGUGGAUCCCCAACUAAUGUGAUAGAGACGUACGAUCCCCGCGCCGAUAAGUGGAUUGUUUGUGAUACUGCAGAUACGUUUCACCGAGCCUACCACGGGACUGUUACCAUGCACAGACUGAUCUAUGUCAUAGGAGGGUUUGAUGGAAUCGAGUACUUUAACAGUGUCCGAUGCUUCAAUCCGAUGACAAUGAAGUGGUCAGACACUGCCAAUAUGCACUCCAAAAGGUGUUACGUGAGCACGGCCGUACUUGGUGACAGUAUCUACGCUAUGGGAGGCUACAAUGGACAUGAUAGGCUGAAAUCUGUGGAAAAAUAUAAUCCGGCUAGCAACCAAUGGUCUAUAGUAACUCCGAUGGGCCACGAGCGCAGUGAUGCCAGCGCCACAUCUCUAGAAGGUAAGAUCUAUAUCUGUGGCGGAUUUGACGGUCGAGAAUGCCUACAUACGGCGGAGUGUUACAACUCAACCACUGAUCAGUGGACGGCCAUCACGCCCAUGCGUAAUAAGAGGAGCGGUGUUGGUGUCAUAGCAUAUAACGAUCAAGUCUACGCGUUAGGAGGUUUCAACGGGUUUUCGCGGAUGAACACAGCAGAACGCUUCGAUCCAGUGUCCGCCAAAUGGCAAACCAUUUCUGAGAUGUAUAACCCACGAAGUAAUUUUGGAGUAGAGGUGAUCGAUGACAUGAUCUUUGCUAUCGGAGGAUUUAAUGGCGUCACUACUAUAUUUAGUGUUGAGUGUUUCGACAGUUUAUCAAAUGAAUGGUUUGAUGCCACAGACAUGAAUCUCUACCGAAGUGCUCUCAGCGCAUGCGUUGUCCGCGGACUACCCAACAUCCAGAAGUAUAUUCAUUGUCAUAAAAAGACGAACGAGGAAACAGAAUCCGGGGAGGCCGAGGGUACGACUGGGGGAGACGAGAUUUAGGGCCCUGCUGAUGUAAACAUUGAUAAAACUUAUCGUUUUAAUAUAAAGGUAUAUUACAAACUGUUAUGGCGGUGGAAGGCUGGUGAUUUAUACCUUCAGCGUACUGUUAAUACUUUACUGAAAUGGUUUUAUUUCAUAUUGUACACCUGGAGCCCUUGUAGUUAGAUACCGGAUGUGUGUUUCAGUGACUACCAAAAAUUAAAUAUCGAGAUCUAGACAUGUCUUGUUAGAAAUAAA